CCGGCAGUUCCACUGGGAAGCAGGAAGGAGGAAUCCCGUUAAACAGACACAGACAUGCCUGAGCCAAAGAAGACAGAAGCCCAGAGCGAUAAGGCUGCAGCAGCCCCUGCUGACAAAAAGGAGAAGCCAGCGGAGGAGGACGAGUUGCCUCUUGAUGAUGCUGCACCAGGAGAAGGUGGUGAGAUGUCUGAGCAGAGCAGUCUGUUUGUGGUGAAGCCAGAGAGCGCCACCGCCACCAAAGGGAAGGACAUCACGUUUGUGGCCAAAGUCGACUCGUCGACGCUGAGCAGGAAGCCCGUCAUGAAGUGGCUGAAGGGGAAGUGGCUCGACUUGUCCAGCAAAGCUGGGAAGCACCUGCAGUUCAAGGAGUCGUACGACAGAAACACCAAGAUCUACACGUACGAGAUGAGCAUCAUCAAGGUGGUGGACGGAGACGCAGGUGGCUACCGCUGCGAGGUCACCGCCAAAGACAAGUGCGACAGCUGCGCCUUCGAAGUCUCCGUGGCGGCCGCGCAGGAGGACCAGCAGGACAACAUCUUGGAGGCGUUUAAACGAUCAGGAGAGGGAGAUGAGGAUGCUGGUGAGCUGGACUUCAGCGUUUUGCUUAAGAAACGGAAGGAGAAGAAACUGGAGGAACCAAAGGAAGAGGUUGACGUAUGGGAAAUCCUAAAGGCAGCCAAGCCUUGUGAUUACGAGAAGAUUGCCUUUCAGUACGGCAUCACGGACCUGAGGGGCAUGCUGAAGCGGCUGAAGAAGAUGAGGGCGGAGUCCAAGAAGAGUGACGCUUUCCUGACGAAGCUGGACCCGGCCUACUCUGUGGAGAAGGGGAAGAAGAUCCAGCUCACUGUGGAAGUGGCUGACCCCACGGCCGAAGUGAAAUGGCUGAAAAACGGGCAGGAAAUCAAACCAUCAGCCAAGUAUGUGUUUGAGAAUGCGGGCAACAAGCGUACCCUCAUUAUCAACAAGUGCAACCUGUCUGAUGACGCAGCGUACGAGUGCGUGGUCGGCGAGGAGAAAAGCUUCACGGAGCUUUUCGUUAAAGAGCCUCCGGUCACCAUCACCAAGCUGCUGGACGAUGUUCACACUGUGGUGGGGGAGAAGGUGGAGUUCGAAGUGGAAGUGUCGGAGGAAGGAGCCAACGUUAAAUGGAUGAAAGACGGAGUCGAGCUGAACAGAGACACGGCCGGCUCCAAAUACAGGUUCAAGAAAGACGGGAAGAGGCACGUUUUGAUCAUAACCGAAGCCACUAAAGACGACAUCGGGACGUACUACGCCUUCACCAACGGCGGAGAGUCCAGUGCCGAGCUGGAGGUCGAAGAUAAGGAGCUGGAGAUUCUGCAGAGCAUCGCUGACGUGACGGUGAAAUCAGCUGAGCAGGCCGUGUUCAAGUGCGAAGUGUCCGAUGAAAACGUGACGGGAAAAUGGUUCAAAGAUGGCGUUGAGGUUCAGCCCAGCGACCGCAUCAAAGUCGCCCACAUCGGCAGGAUCCACAAGCUGACGAUUGAUGACGUUCAGGCUUCAGAUGCAGGAGAUUACACCUUCGUCCCAGACGGCUACGCUCUUUCUUUGUCUGCCAAACUCAACUUCAUAGAGGUCAAGAUUGAAUAUGUUCCCAUAGAAGAACCUCCCAAAAUCCACCUGAACUUCGGCGGCAGCGGCGACGGGAACGUCAUCACGGUGGUGGCUGGAAACAAACUCCGCCUAGAUGUUGAGGUCACGGGAGAGCCGACCCCCGUCAUCUCCUGGAUGAAAGGAGACCAGGUGAUUUCUGAGAGCGAGGGACGGGUCCGAGUGGAGACGGAGAAGACCAUGAGCAGCUUUGUGAUCGACGGGGCAGAGAGAGGCGACGAGGGUCCCUACAUCAUCAAUGUGACCAACCCAGUGGGAGAGGACAAGGCCGAACUCUUCAUCAAAGUUGUGGAUAUGCCCAACGCUCCCAACAACAUCAGGUGCACAUCAGUUGGCGAGGACUCUGCCGUCAUCACAUGGGAGCCUCCCGCGUUUGAUGGCGGCGUUCCUGUUAAAGGGUACCUGCUGGAGAGAAGGAAGGUUGGUUCAGCCAGGUGGACCAAACUAAACUUCGACGUUUACGAGUCCACCACCUACGAGGCCAAGAAGAUGAUUGAGGGCGUUCUUUACGAGAUGAGAGUGUUUGCAGUCAACAGCGUUGGCGUCUCUCAGCCCAGCGCCAGCUCCCAGCCCUUCAUGCCCAUCGCCCCCACCAGCGAGCCGACUCGCCUCACUGUGGAGGAUGUGACCGACGCUAGCUGUUCACUCAAGUGGCGACCUCCAGAAAAGAUCGGAGCCGGCGGCCUCAACGGCUACAUCAUUGAGUACUGCACAGAAGGAAGUGACCAGUGGGUGCAGGCCAAUAAGGAACCAGUGGAAAUGAGCCAGUACACGGUGAAGGGCCUCCCCACCGGGGAGAAGAUGCUGUUCAGAGUGUUUGCAGUGAAUGUCGCUGGACGCAGCCCCCCCGCCACGCUGGCUCAGCCCGUCACCAUCAGGGAGGUCGUUGAAAAUCCAAAGAUUAGACUCCCUCGCAACCUGAGAUCUAAGAUCAUCAAAGCUGUGGGGGAGAAGGUGAACUUGUUGAUCCCUUUCCAGGGAAAACCUCGACCCGUCGUGACCUGGUUCAAAGACGGAGCCCUAAUGGAGGACAAAUCCGUGGGAACUCGCACCAGCGAGGUGGACACCAUCCUGUUCAUCCGCUCUGCAGAGCGAAGACAUUCAGGGACGUACACCCUGUCUGUCCAGAUCGAGGACAAGACGGACAGCGCAGACCUCGAGAUCCAGGUCGUAGAGAAGCCCGGCUCGCCCAUCAACGUUCACGUCACCGACGUCUGGGGCUUCAACGCCGCGCUGGAGUGGAAGCCACCCAAAGAUGACGGCAACUGCGAGAUUAUCGGCUACACCAUCCAGAAAUGUGACAAGAAGACGAAGGAGUGGUUCACGGUCCACGAGCACAACCACAGGCUCAGCUGCACCGUGUCCGACCUGGUCAUGGGGAACGAGUACUCCUUCCGAGUGUUCAGCGAAAACAUCUGUGGCCUCAGCGACAACGCCGCUAUCAGCAAGAACACCGCCGUCAUCGACAAAACAGGUUUGCUCUGUCAGCCCAAAGCUUUCAAGGAGACGGACAUGAACCAAUCCCCCAAAUUCACGGCUCCUCUGGUGGACCGGAGCGUGAUCGCCGGCUACACCACCGCCAUCAGCUGCGCCGUCCGCGGCUACCCCAAGCCGAAGAUCAUGUGGAUGAAGAACAACAUGGCCAUCGAAGGCGACCCCAAGUUCCUGAUGCAGAACAACCAGGGUGUGCUGACCCUGAACAUCCGCAAGGCCAGUCUGUUCGACGGCGGCCGCUACUCCUGCAGGGCCGUCAACGACCUGGGGGUCGACGAGGUGGAGUGCAAGCUGGAGGUUCGAGUUCUGCAGGAGAAGGCGGAAGAGAAAUGAAGCGCCAGAGGACACAGUCCAACGGAAACAGUAAAUGGAUUAUGUAUAACAGGAUAGUCAUGAAUAAAUAUGAUCAGAACAGAUCAUGCUUCACUUCUGCUGUGACCAAUCAGAAUCGAGCCAUAAACUCCCACAGAAAGCCGCCAUCUUCCCCCCCCACCGUGAAGCGGACCUGUUGCUGAACCAUUAUAAAACAUCCAUUACUAC